CGUAGGCAUAGAACAUACAAUCACUAGAUUUUCCAGAAUCACACUGAAAAACAAAACAACCGACUCCGGGAAACUGUUGUGCAACUCACCGAAGGAGAAACUCAGACAGAAAGCAAUGAGUUCCAAUAUUGAAGACAUUAUCUGGACGAUCAAGAACGGGGAGUACGAUGAGGUGGAGCGCGUUUUCCUGGCAGGAUUGCAUAAUGUCAACGAUCAGAUGGGCCUUCGAUUUCCCCUGCACUACGCCGCCGAUUUCGGCCAGUUGAAGCUGCUGAAGUUCUUUGUGAGAAUUGGAGCGGAUGUUGAUCGGAAGGACAAGUACGGCAUCACGCCCCUUUUGGCGGCAAUUUGGGAGGGGCACACACGGUGCGUCGAGUUCCUGCUCGAAGUGGGCGCCAGUCGGACUGGAAGGACUCCCGAAGGACUCAGCUAUGCAGAGGUCGCCGAACAGGACGAAAUCCGACGCCUUCUUGAGCGCAACUAAGGUGAUAGAUGGUUUCAGAAAGGCUUCGUUCCAUUCCAGUCAUUUGUUUACAGCUUAUAAAUUUAUAGUGUAUUUCAAUUUUUGCCUUUGUGAAAUUGGAAAUUGAACAACAAGCGUUGUACAAAAACCUUUGACAUUUAAAAAUACAUUUCAGGUGCUUUUAUGCCUUA